ACGCGCUCGGAGCCCUGUGUCCUUCGCCCCGGCGUGCAGACCUGCGACCGGUGCGCCCGCGACUCGAAGGGGUGCUACGCCCCCGACACGACCCCGGAGGACCUCGCCGGGAAGCGCGCGCAGCGCUUCGUCCAAUACCACGACGCCAAGGGCUACGCCCGUUGCCUGCUCGAACCGCGCGCCGACGGCGCCCUCGUCGCGACGUACCGCGGCAAGGUCCCGUCGCCGCCGACUGCCCCUACGGUUCCCGCGAGCGGUAAGGCAACGGUGCCGGCUGCGGCGCCUGUCGCGGGCCCGUCGGGGACCGCUGGCAGGGCCGACACGGACGCGGGCGCCGAGCCUGAGGCUGUCGCGGGCCCGUCGGGGAAGACCGACGACGCGGACGCGGACGCGGACGCGGACGCAGACGCGGACACCGAGCCGGGGAGUCCCACUGAGGUACGCCCCCCGUCGUCGCCUGCCCCGCCGCCUACGAUUGCGACCCCGCCAGGCUUGGAGGGGGCGAUUCCCCUCUCGCCUUCCUGGGCCCAUAUCGAGCCGGCCUUCGUCGCCCCCGAGCUCGUGUUCUCCAAGGGUGGGGCGCGGCGGCGCAAGGGGACCCACGGCGCCGACCCCGACGCGGCUACACCGACUUCGACGAAGAAGACCGCGCGCCGGGGAACUGCGCGCCGGCCUACUGUCGGGGCCCGCGACGCGUCCGGCUCCGCGCGCGCCGCCUCUGGCUCCCGCGGUCGCGGCGCUUCGGGGUCGCGGUCGGGCGACCAGGACGCCCUGGCCGACCUCAGCCACGAGGACCAGGUCGCGGUCCUCGCCGUUCGCGCCGAGCGAGAGGUGCAAGUCGCGCGCCGGGGCGUCAUCGACCGGAUCAUCGCGAACCUCGACCAGCAGGAGCGCGAGCUCCUUGGCGCCGCGGACGGCGAGGGAGGCGAGGGAAUGGGCGCGGGGUCCGACGGGUCCGACGCAGAGGACGAGGGUGGGGACGACGACGACGACGAGUAG